AUGAGGAAGCAUACACCUAACGACAACUUGCUGCGUGAUUUUUCGCUCGAAUCCGACGAAUUUGAUGGUUUCGACUCGAAGCAGCGACCACUCAGCUAUCACUACCCACACGCUCAUCCACCUACGACUAACAAGCAGAACAAGGUGCACGAUAAUCCAAUUAGCAGCGGCUGCGAUAAGCUGGAAAAUGGCACAUCAGCACCAGCCACCUGCACUCAACCGACCGAUAUCACACACUUUACCAACCUUUCUUAA